CUAUUAUCGCCAUUGUUGAGCAGGCGGUGGCGGUGGAUGCUUGCAGGAUCCCCACGUUGGAACUGAGCAUAAUCAAAGUGAACUUUAAACAAUUGACUUUUUCUUAACACGCAAACAAAAUGCUCGUCCCAGGUAUUGCCGGAUGUAUUUUACUCACGUUAACAAUUAUCUGCUCCGGUGCUGCGGCUCACAGUAUUCUCGUCCUAACGCCCAUCACCACGCCCAGCCACAGCAAUGUGUUCAAACCACUGGUGGCCGAGUUGGCCGAUCGUGGCCACUUUGUUACUUAUGGAACGGAUUAUUGCAAUCAGACAACGAGUUCGGUGAUUCAGAGCAAUCAGACGACAACCAACAGCUCCAACUUGCGACUUUUAACUUCUCCAAAUUUGGUGAGGCUCAACAGCCAACAUCAAAUCGAUUUCAACGAUCGUGACAGCCCAUUUCGUCUCCUAUUCAGAAUGCCGGGCACACUUGAGAAAUAUUGCAAGGCCAUCUAUGAGGAUCCCAUUUUUCAUUGGCUGAUGAACUCGAAGGAGCGAUACGAUCUUAUUAUCCUCGACGGAUUCUCCAAUGAUUGCACUUUACUGUUGGCCGAAGUCUUUGAUGUGCCAUUUAUUUACCUAAACUGUUUCCCUCCUUCUCCGUGGCUUCUGUAUGCCAUCGGUUCGCCACUGGCCCUGGAUCACUUCCCAAAUCCUGCCGGAACAAGAGACAAGAUGGAUUUGUGGCAGCGAACGUUCAACACAGUGACCAGCGUAGGUGCACUAUUCAUUUACCGUUGGCACAUCCUGCCCAUGAUAGAUCGUGUCGCAUCACAAGUGUUAGGCAAACACAACUUAACGUCCAUCGUGGACAUUCAAAGUCGUCACUUGAGUCUUUUAAUGACCAACACACAUUUCAGCAUUAAUUUCCAGUUCCCUACUUCACCAGCCGUCGUAGAAGUCGGUGGAUUGCACUUGGGUGGCAAGCUCAAAAGACUACCAAAGGACUUGGUUUCGUUUCUCGACGGUUCCGGUGACGCUGGAUUCAUCAUUGUGAGUUUCGGUUCAAUGUUGAGAGGCGACGGACUUCCAAAAGAUUUCCGCCGUUUAUUUCUGUCCGUUUUCGCCCGACUGCCCCAACGAGUCGUGUGGAAAUGGGAAGAUGAAAGCAAAUUAGGAGAAAGCGAAGAAUUGAUCCCGUCCAACGUCAAAACCAUUUCUUGGUUACCGCAAAAGGAAUUGUUGAGCCAUCGAAAUGCUCGACUUUUCAUCUCGCAUGGCGGACUCCUCAGUAAACAAGAGACUGUCUUUCACCGUGUUCCUGCCAUCUUUUUACCGGUGUGGGCUGACCAGCCGAUCAAUGCUCAAAAAGCCGAAGACGAUGGGUACGCCAUUCGUCUGUGCUGGGACGAAUUAACCGAGGAAAUACUUUACGAUGCCAUCCAAGCUAUUCUGACUAAUCCGAGGUAUGCCAAGAGAAUGCAGCAAGUGUCUGCACUGAUGCACGACCAGAUUGAUAAACCAAUGGACCGAGCCAUUUACUGGAUAGAAUACGUCAUCCGCCACCAGGGCGCGCCACAUUUACGGAAUGCAUCCAGGGAUCUUAUGUUACCCCAACGAGCCUUGCUAGAUGUGAUGUGCAUUAUCUUUAUUUUCACUUUUUCCAUGAUCUACGUGAUCUAUCGUCUUUGUCUUUUUUGUUCCACAUUAUACCGUUGGAAAGAUAUGAUGAUUGGAUUGCACAAAAAAGACGAUUGAACCCUAUAUUCGAUAUUCGGUGAAAUGAAAACAAAAAGUUAUUAACAACUAACACCCAAUGUAAAAAGGUUGAUUGAAUUGUAUGAUAUAUGAUAUAAAAAUAAAUGAAAAUAUAAUUUGAAAGUUU